CCGGAGGCCUCCGCAAUGCCUGCCCCUGCCUCUCAGCCCCCUCUUCCUUGUGCUUUCCUGCUGCUGACGCUAUUGCUGCAACUCACAGCAGCGGCAGCACAGGAGGAGCUGCGGGUGACUCAGCCUGACCGCUGGGCGUCGGUGGCAGAGGGAAACACGGUCACUCUGCGCUGCACCAUGAACACCCUAGUGCCCGUGGGGCCCACGAAGUGGUUCAGGGGGGCUGGGCCAGACCGGAAGGAGAUCUACAGCUUCAAGGGAGGCCACUACCCCCGAGUCACAAACGUCUCAGACACCACAAAGCGAAACAACACGGACUUUUCCAUCCGCAUCCGUGACAUCACCCCAGCGGACGCCGGCACCUACUACUGCGUCAAAUUCCGGAAGCAGGGUGGCGAUGACGUGGAGUUUAAGUCUGGAGGAGGCACGCAGGUGUCUGUGAGUGCCAAGCCCUCCACCCCGAAGGUGUCGGGGCCUGGGGCGAGGGCCACCCCGGAGCAGACAGUGGACUUCACGUGUGAGUCCCACGGCUUCUCCCCCCGCAACAUCAGCCUGAAAUGGUUUAAAAACGGGAAUGAGCUCCCGGCCUUCCAGACCAGCGUGUACCCCGCGGGAGAAAGCGUCUCCUACAACGUCACCAGCACUGCCAAGGUGGCCCUGGCUUCCAGCGAUGUGCACUCCCAGGUCAUCUGCGAGGUGGCCCACAUCACCCUGCAGGGAGGCCCCCCUCUCCGUGGGACUGCCAACCUGUCUGAGACCAUCCGAGGUAGACAACCACACCCCACCCCAUGCUGCCCACACCUGGCUGCCGUGCCUGCCCCCUGCUGGCUUUGCUCUGGGGCCUGAGUUGCUGCCUCUAAUUCCCAGCAGCCCUGUCCACUGACCCUGGACCAGUCUACCCAGUGACUAGGGUGCCAGUCACUGUCCUUUGAGUGGCAGCUGCCAGGUCAACCCCGGUUGCACGCCAAGUGCUAUGCCAGUAAC